GCUCCCUGCAGGUCAAUGCUCCACCGCCAGUGCGCUGCAAGCUUCAACGGAGCCGUGUGUUUCCGGUUCCGGUCCACAUUCUGUUCGGUUUUAGCCAGGUUCCUGCUGGUUCUGCUCUACGCUGAGAUGCGCCGAGCUCCGGUUGGAUCUCAGCGGAGCCCCGGUGCUCCUCGGACGGCUUCAGACUGGACUUUCCCCGGAGUUCGGUCUCCGUUCGGAGGUUCUCCUCAGCGCCGAGGGGCAGCCUUCUCUCCCCGGUUCUCCCCCGGGUUCAGCAGAGGAACUACGGACGGGUCACCGGCGCAUUUCAGCGGCGAGAGCCGGGGGUUCGGGUUCCGGCGGCCCCAAUCCUUCAGUCCUUCAGGAGCUCCGAACCUGCAGCCCAGAGACGUUCCGGUGGAGAGGUAUUUCAGUCCCUCCAUGCUGCAGGAUCCCUGGAGGACGCUGCAGCCUGUCACACCUGAAGCUGCGGCCAGGACCACCUGAGCAGCUGAGCCAAUCAGAGCACAGAACCAAUCAGAACCCAGACGAGCAACCUCUGUGUUGCUCGAAGUUUGACUUCUGUCCAAUCAUUUUUAACCUUUUGGUUACUUUUGUUUUUACUGAUAAACUUUUUCUUUUUAUAUUUUAAUAAAAGCUAAAAAC